AAUCUCUACUAGGCAACACUCCUCUUUCACCACUGCAAAACCCUAACCUUUCGCCGGAUCUCACUGAAUCUCUCUGUCUCUCUCUAGUCAAUCAUGGCAAGCACAACGGAACCCACUACUCUAAAAAGGGAAGAAGAAGAAGAGGAAGACUCAAAGCCAGCCGCAGAUGACGAGGAUACCGGGGCUCAAGUGGCACCGAUCGUCAAACUCCAAGAAGUUGCAGUUACUACUGGCGAAGAAAACGAAGAUGUUCUCCUUGACUUGAAAUCAAAGUUGUAUAGAUUUGACAAGGAAGGCAACCAAUGGAAAGAGAGGGGAGUUGGUACCGUGAAGCUACUCAAGCACAAAGAGACUGGCAAAGUUAGGCUUGUUAUGAGGCAGAACAAGAUCCUUAAGAUCUGUGCCAAUCAUCUUGUGCUACCCACAAUGACGGUUCAAGAGCAUCAGGGGAACGACAAGUCAUGUGUGUGGCAUGCUGCUGAUUUUGCGGAUGGAGAACUGAAGGAGGAGACUUUCUGCAUUCGUUUUGCCUCUGUUGAGAAUUGCAAAGCUUUCAAGGAUAAGAUUGAAGAAAUCACUGAAUCUCUGGCAAAGGACAGUGGAGAGAGUGAAGAAGCUAAAACUGCUGCCAGUCUUAUUGAAAAGUUGAGUGUUGAAGGAAAGGAUAAAGAAGAGAAAAAGGAGGCUGAAGAAGCACCUUUAGCCUCAGAAGGGAAGAAGGAUGACAAUGCGAAGCAGGAAAUAUCUGGCGAUGGGAAGUAACUAUUUGAUGUUCUUGUCUGGGUUUUUAUCGACAAGGGUUGAAAAAUGGGUAAUUCGGUGAACAUAAACCGAGUGCCAUAUGUUAUGAACAUAUAGUGUAUUUCUUAUUUGGUCUGCUUGAUGUUUCCUGGUUGGUUGGUGUCAAUUGGUGUGUUUGGAGUCCCAGAAUGUGUUUUUAUAUUUUUGUCAUGCCCCUUUUGCUGCACAUUUUGUACUGCGAGAAUUUUAAACAGGGUUCCCCCCCAGCGUAUAUCUUUAUCCUGAGAUUAUAAGGUUUUUGCUGCA